UUUUUUGGUAAGUUCUUGAUUUUUCUGUGAUACCCAUUUGCAUAAAAUUGUUUUUUCUUUGUCCUUCAAGUACUCCUCAAAUCCUCUGUUCUAAGAAAUUGGUGUACCUCUGUAUCGGUGUAUUUUGGGUUGUUGGAUUGUGUGAGGUUUUUUUUUUUUGUGUUUUAAAGUUUUUAUGCGAUCUAAAGGCCGGAGAUGCACUGGGUACAGAGGAACGAGGAAUUUCGGUACAGAGAAAUUGAACUCCAACAACUGGUUUGAUGCUGUGUUUUUCUGAGAUUGAAGAGGUCAAGUGUUUAUCUUAUAUACUGGUUUGGAGGUCUUUCAACUAGGAGCUGCAUUUGCUACAUAACUGUUGACUUGGGCUCCUUCGAGCACAAUCAUUGGGCAGGUGAAAGGGGUAUCAGAUAGAGAGAUCAAAAGCUUCUCUUUAACUUGUUGGAUGGUAGGAAAUACUGGAAUUUGAUACUGGCUGGAUCCUUUACCUCGAUUUUUGUUACUGGUAUAAGACCACGCCGUUACAAGGUCAAAAACAGUUCUAUUUUUGCUCAUUGCUGGAGCCAUGGCAACCGUGCUACAAUCCGAUUCCAGACGCUUGUAUUCUUGGUGGUGGGACAGUCACAUUAGCCCAAAGAAUUCAAAAUGGCUCCAAGAAAAUCUUACAGAUAUGGACACCAAAGUGAAAGCAAUGAUCAAGCUCAUUGAAGAAGAUGCAGAUUCCUUUGCAAGAAGGGCAGAAAUGUACUACAAGAAACGGCCGGAGCUCAUGAAACUGGUUGAGGAGUUCUACCGAGCGUACCGUGCCUUGGCAGAAAGAUAUGAUCAUGCUACAGGGGAGCUCCGCCAUGCCCACCGAGCCAUGGCACAAGCAUUUCCAAACCAAGUCCCUCUUGUACUUCCAGAUGAUUCACCUUUGGGAUAUUCAGAGGAUGAACGUGAGCCGCACACGCCUGAAAUGCCACACCCACUUCGCUCAUUGCUUGAUUCAGACGAUUUGGACAAGGCAGUGGGCCUUAUUGCAAAGAAUGGGGCUUUUUCAGGAGAAUCCAACACUGUUAUUGGGAAAAAGGGUUUGAAGCAACUGCACGAGAUAUUUGGGGGAGGACUUGAAAAAGAAGAGAAAGGAAAAAGUUCCAAUGAUGGAAUUCAAAAGUUAAAGAAAGCACUUGAUGAUAUGCACUCUGAAAAGGAGGCUGUCCUCCUUCAGUACAAACAGAGUGUGGAGAAGUUGUCGAAUUUAGAAGGAGAACUCAAUUGUGCACAAAUGACUUCACGAGGGCUAUGUGAAGAAGCGAGCAAAGCUGCAGUUGAAGUUCAAUCACUUAAGGAAGCCCUCGUGAAAUUAGAGGCUGAACGAGAUACGGGUUUUGCUAAGCACAAGGAGUUUCUAGAAAGGAUAUCUAAUUUGGAGAGUGUGGUUUCACAAGCUCAAAAGGAUGCACUAGGACUCAAUGAACGAGCAGUUAGAGCCGAAACCGAAGCCAAAUGUCUUGAAAAAGAACUUUCUAGAUCAGAGACUGCAAAAGACGCCGGUCUUCUCCAGUACAAACAGUGUCUUGAGAAAAUAUCCGAUUUGGAGAGAAAACUCUCACUUGCACUUGAGGAAGCCAGACUGCUUUACGAGAGAGCUGAAAGAGCUGAAACUGAAGUAAGGGAACUGAAAAAGGCUCUUUCUGAAAUAAAUGAAGAGACAAAGGCUGCAGCUAGUCGGUAUGAGGAUUGCUUGGAGAAAAUAUUGAAGUUAGAGAGUGAACUCUCUUCUGCCCAAGAGGAAAUUAGAUGCCUUAAUAAUGUGGUUCUAAUGGAGACGUCAAAACUCAAGAGUGCCGAAGAAAAAUGUGUUCUUAUCGAGACAUCAAAUCAAUCUCUACGGUUAGAAGCGGAUAAUUUGGCAAAGAAGAUUGCGAUGAAGGACGAAGAACUUUCCAAGAAGCAUGAGGUGUUGGAUAAACUUCAGGCUUGUGUAGAUAAUGAGCACUUGCGUUUCGUUCAAGUGGAAGCCACUCUCCAAACACUGCAGAAUUUGCACUCUCAAUCUCAGGAGGAGCAGAAAGCUUUGGCCUUGGAGCUUAAAAAUGUGCUUCAGAUGUUGAAAGAUUUGGAAAUAACAAAGAAUGGUCUGGAGGACGAAAAUAGGGUCUUGAAUGAACUGAAUUCUUCUUCCGCCGUUUCAAUGGAUAAUUUACAGGGUGAGAUCCUCAGACUGGGGGAGAUGAAGGAGAGACUUGAGGAAGAACUACGACUACAAAUGGGUCAAACUAGUUCCCUCCAACAAGAGAUUUACAAUCUGAAAGAGGAAAUCCAACUGUUGAACAUUAGGUAUGAGGAUUUAAUGGAGCAAGUGGAGUCAGUUGGUUUGAACCCAGAGUCCAUUGGCUCAUCAGUGAAAGAUUUGCAAAAUGAGAACUCAAAGCUGAGACAGGUUAGGGAGGACGACAGAGACGAGAAAGAAGCUCUUCUAAAGAAGUUGGAUGGCAUGAAGGAACUUCUAGACAAGAAUUCCAUUUGGGAGUGUUCAGUGACAAAUUUAAAUGGCGAGUUGAAUGGGACGCGAGAGAAGGUCAAGGAAUUGGACGAGUCUUGCCAAUUGCUCAAUGGAGAAAAAUCUGCUCUUGUGGCUGAGAAAGCUGCCCUUUUGUCCCAUUUGCAAAUUAUUAUGGACAAUAUGCAGAAGCUCGUGGAGAAAAACACUCUUCUUGAGAAUUCUCUAUCUGGAGCAAAUGUUGAACUUGAAGGUCUAAGGGCAAAGUCCAAGGGAUUAGAAGAGCUAUGCAAUUUGCUGAAUGAUGACAAGUCCAAUCUUCUCAAGGAAAGGGGAACUCUUGUUUUUCAGCUGGAGAAUGUUGAGCGGAGACUUGAAAACCUGGAAAGGAGAAUGGCAGAAAUGGAACGAAAAUAUGUCGGCUUGGAAAAGGAGAAGGAAUCCACGCUAUCUCAAGUGGAGGAACUAAAGCUUUCUCUAGGUGUGGAAAAACAAGAACGGGUGAGUUUUGCUUUGGCGAGUGGUGCCCGACUGACUUGUCUGGAAAACUAUGUUCAGCUCUUGCAGGAAGAAACAAGGUGGAGGAGGAAAGAAUUCGAAGAAGAAGUUGAUAAAGCUGUCAAUGCCCAGUUUGAGAUCUUCAUCUUGCAAAAGUUCAUAGAAGAUAUGGAACAAAAGAAUUACUCUUUAAAAAUUGAGUGUCAGAAACACAUUGAGGCGUCCAAAUUUGCAGAAACACUGAUUUCAGAGUUGGAGAGUGAAAAUCUUGAGCAGCAAGUGGAAGCAGAACUGUUGUUGGAUGAAAUUGAAAAGGUGAGGAUGGGCAUAUGUAAAAUGUUCAAGGCACUUGGAGUUGGUCUAGAUGUUCUGCCUGACGAUAGGAUUGCAAAUGAGCAUAUAUUUGUGAACCAUGCUAUAGACAACAUCAAGGAUAUGAAAUGUGCAAUCUUGGAUCACGAGGACAAUAAGCAGCAGUUGUUGGUUGAAAACUCGGUUCUUCUAACUCUGAUUGGGCAACUGAGGUUAGAGGGUGUGGAAAUUGCUUCACAGAAGAAAACCCUGGAGCAAGAAUUGGAAAUCAUAAUUGCGCAGCUUGUGAUGGUGGAAAAUGAGAAGCACAAACUUAUAGAGAUGAAGAGGCAGUUGAAAUCAGAUAACGCUCAAUUGGUUGAAGAAAACAGGUGUUUGCUGAAAGAUCUCUCAGAACUGGAGGAGGAGAACUUCCUGUUAGAAGAGGAAAACGAUUCUAUUAUCCUCGAGGCACUAGAGCGCAAUAUCCUAUCAACGGUUUUCAAGAGUUUUGGGUCUGAAAAGGCUGCGGAACUAAAACUACUUUGUGGAGUCAAUGGUGAUCUUGAAAAAGAGAUUAGUCUAUUGAGUGAGGAGUUGGAAAUGAGAGAAACAGAAAACUUACUUCUCAAAGAAUCGGGGGAAAAGUUAGAGAAUGAGCUUCACGAGUUCAGAGAAGUGUAUAGUCAAUUGACGGAAGAAAUUUCAACUGGAAACAAUUUCUUGUGUCAGAAGGAGACGGAGCUUUUAGAAGCAAUACCGAAGCUUAAAGCUACAGAGGAACUGAACUCAGAAUUGUGCAAAACUGUGGACGCACUGAAGAGGCAGCACGAAAAUUUGGAAAUGCAUAUUGUCAAACUAUCUGAAGAAAAUAUGCGUCAGAACAAAGACAUUGAGUGCCUUCUUGAGGUCAAUGGAUACUUGGAGUCUGAACUUGGUAUUUCACGUGCAGAAUUAGAAGAUCACAGAAUCCAAGAAGAGAACUUGAGUUCAGAGCUACAAGAGAUCAGCAACGAGUUUGAAAUCUGGGAGUCCGAGGCUGCAACAUUCUAUUUUGAUAUUCAGGUCUCCAGUGUCCGUGAAAUUCUGUUUGAGAAUAAGGUCCAUGAGCUCACAGGAGUGUGUGAAUCUCUUGAAAAUGAAAGUGCUUCUAAAACAGUAGAGAUUGAAAAGAUGAAAGAACGAGUUGGCUUCAUGGAGACCGAAAUUGGAGAGCUUAAGACCCAGUUGUUUGCAUAUGCUCCAGCCAUCGAGUCUUUGAGAGAUAACAUAGCAUCUCUUGAGGGCAAUAUCCUCUCUCCGCCAGAUCUUGACUUGUCUGAAAAUCUGGAAACUAAGGAUGUGUCAUUGGCAGUUCAUCUCCACGAGGAAAUCUGUCAAGAACUGAUGGAAGCUCAUAAAUCUAUGAUACCAAAUGGAAUCCCAGAACUGCAGAAGUUACAGACUAGGAUCAAAGCAUUCGAAAAGGUUCUAACAAAAGAGAUGAAAGGGCUCUCCACACAGAAAACCCCAAACACCUCCUUCGAGCUAGAGUCUUCCGCGAAAGAGAUUGAAGAGUUGAGUUCGGACCACAGCUUUGGUUCUGCGAAAUACAAACAAAGGGAAGAGAUGGACUUUGGAAAUGAGCUAAAUGGCAAACUCAAGUUGCUAAAAACAAGACCUGAGGUUUCUGAGGUUACUAGUAGGAUUCUGAUGAAAGAUAUCCCACUUGAUCACGGUUCAAAUGGUUCAAUAUUUGGACUAAGUAGGAGAAGUCGACGUAGGACUGAUGACCAAAUGCUCGAGUUAUGGGAAACUGCCGAGGCCAAAACAUUGAAAUCAUCACACAAGAAGAAAAAGUCUGUGGGCCAUCAAUUUGAUGAUGUGGAGCAAAAGAGGGAGCAUCAUCCCUCUUCAGAGUUAGAAAUGGAUAAGGAAUUGGGUGUGGAUAAAUUAGCGGUACCCCCGAGUUUUAACGAGCCAAAUCAGGUGCGGAACAAGAGGAAGCUUUUGGAGAGACUUGAUUCAGAUGCCCAGAAGCUGAACACCCUUCAGAUCACAGUGGACGAACUGAGGAGGAAAUUGGAAACAAGCAAGAAGAAGAAGAAAAAGGCCAAGAGUGUCGAUUUUGAGACAGUAAAGGAACAGUUGGAAGAAGUUGAGGAAAUGAUCGUACAGCUGGCGGAGGUCAACAGCCAACUGACAAGGAAAAUCGAAGUGGGUCCGUUGCAGAUGGACGGUAAGGCUCUUUCACCUGAGAUGGAGGCAGCGGGGAAUUUUCAAAGGAAGAGAGUGUCAGAACAGGCGCGGAAAGGGUCUGAGAAAAUCGGACGGUUGCAGUUGGAGGUUCAGAAAAUCCAGUAUGUGUUGCUGAAGCUAGACGAUGAAAAGAAAAGCAAAGGGAAGCUCCGAUUAGCCAGGAGUGGAACGAACAUUAUACUGAAGAACUUCAUUUACAAUGCAGGAAAGGGUAGCCCAAGACAGAAAAAGGGUUCUCUUUGCGGGUGUUUUAAACAUUCAAGUCCUGGUGACGGUAACAGUAUUAAUGUGUUCCAUUAACUCAGCUACAUGUAAUCGGUAAAACUCUGUGAAAUGUUCCUUGUACUAUGUUAAAAAGGGAUCAUUUCUUGAACCUGUUGGUAGAAAACUGUUGAUGUUUUAGUCUAGUUGAAGUGUAUGACUUAGAUGUAAUCUAAUCUAAAUAAGCUGCCCCAUAAGCUUCUUUUGUUUCUGUUCAA